GUGAGAGUGAGGACAGUGACAGAGUGGCUGCAUUAUGAGUGUCUCUGCUCUAAGCCCCAUCCGAUUUGCAGGCAGCAUCUCUGGCUUCCUCCAAGUGGCCUCUGUGCUCUGUCUGCUCCUGCUGCUGGUCAAAGCGGUCCAGUUCUACCUGCACAGGAAAUGGCUAGUCAAGGCUCUCCAGCAGUUCCCAUCACCUCCCUAUCACUGGUUCUUUGGACACNAGCAGUUCAAAGGUGACCAAGAACUACAGGAAAUUGUGUCAUGCAUACAGAACUUUCCAAGUGCCUUUCCUUGCUGGUUCUGGGGGAGCAACGCCUACUUAACUGUCUAUGAUCCUGACUACAUGAAAGUGAUUCUGGGGCGAUCAGCUGGUCUCUCUGACUUGUUCCCACAUAUACAUUCACCUCUUUUUGGCCCAGGGUAUGGUUUGCUCUUGUUGAACGGACAGGCAUGGUUCCAGCGCCGGCGGAUGCUAACCCCAGCCUUCCACUAUGAUAUUCUGAAACCCUAUGUGAAAAACAUGGCCGACUCCAUUCGACUGAUGCUAGACAAAUGGGAACGGCUGGCUGGUCAGGACUCCUCUAUAGAGAUCUUUCAACACAUCUCCUUAAUGACCCUAGACACUGUCAUGAAGUGUGCCUUCAGCCACAAGGGCAGUGUUCAGGUGGAUGGUAUUCCUAUCUGCCCCACAGGUGUCCAGGUCACACUCUCCAUUUAUUGUCUCCACCACAACCCGAAGGUGUGGCCAAACCCAGAGGUGUUUGACCCUUCCAGGUUUGCACCAGACUCUCCCCGACACAGCCACUCAUUCCUGCCCUUCUCAGGAGGAGCCAGGAACUGCAUUGGGAAACAAUUUGCUAUGAGUGAGCUGAAGGUGAUUGUGGCCCUGACACUUCUCCGCUUUGAGCUACUGCCAGAUCCUACCAGGGUCCCUGUGCCCUUAGCACGAAUUGUGCUGAAGUCCAAAAAUGGGAUCUACCUACGUCUCAAGAAGCUCCACUAAUUCUGUCGUGGAGCUCCGAUGUCUGAGAUAAGGUACACUGGCAGAAAGCUAAGCUGUUGGUGUGACCAACCUUCUUCAGAAGAGUUCCCCAGAGUCCUCUCCUCCUCUGUCCAGAAUAGAUCAUCAUCCCUUGGCACUGGAAUAUUCCCCUGCUUCAAAGCCAGCACCCUCCUCAUCCCCUCUCUUCCAAUGUCCUUCCCUUUUACAAAUGCUUAUGACAUCAUCAAGACCCCUAAAAACUCCAAGAUAGUUUUCCCAUCUAAAUGUAUCUUAUUCGAUCUAACCGACUAAGUCCCUUUGGAAUUAUGAGGAAUUAUUCAAUUUGUACCAUGGGCUCCAAAACUCAAGGCCUGAACAUCAUUUUGAAGCCAUUAUUCAGCCUAGUAUUAUCUUCACAUGAUUGUUACCUAAUGCAUUCAUCUAAAUCUCCCCUGAAUAGUCUCUCUCUACAUGACUAUUCUUCACACUAGUUUCUCCAUCUUCCCUCCUUUCUGAAAU